AUGGACACACUUCCCGUGGAAAUCAUCCUUACCAUCGGUAGUCAUGUAUCCGACGUAGAUGACAAACUCCGAUUGCUUCAAGUAUGCCGACGUUGGCGAGCCCUGUUUCUCGAGGUCGCAUACAACCACGUCAAUAUCGAUGGACCUCAGAUCGAGUCCCUGACGAAAGUGAUACUGGCCAACCCACGGGUAGGACCAGCCAUCCGUAAUCUAUCACUCGGAUGGUGGCAUUCAUACACCUAUUCCCAACCCCAACAAAGAGAAAGUGAUGACAAUCUACUGGAAGCGGCGGAGGAGCUGGUAGGGCAAAUCAGCAGAUCGCCGGAGGAGGAGAAAGACUGGAUCGAGAAUCUCCGAGCUGGAAACCAGGAAGCAUGGCUUGCCCUUCUUUUGGCCUCGGUGCCAAAUCUUACCACGCUCUCUGGGGGAUAUUGUUUAGAGGCGCCGAGAGUGACGCUGGUUGUUGCGCGGGCGGCACGAAAGGAACCACCGUUUGAUACCAGGCCGAUCCUGCAGCGGUUGGAGACGCUUCAUAUCACCACCGACGAUAUGAAGCAAGUCUAUCCGCACUGGCAGUUUCUCCCAUUUUUCCAUCUGCCAUCGCUUAGGGAUGUGAACUUGGGCGGUGUGAAGGAAACCAGAGAAUGGGACAGACUGGACCACCCGGCGGUUUCGUCUGCGUCAGGCACAGCGCCCGUGGAAUCACUGGUUCUGGAAUCUCUCUGUAAUGGGAGAAACGGAAUGGCGGAGAUUAUCACCUCCUGCGCCAACCUCAAACAAUUCAAGUACCAGCAUGACGACACGGAGGACUGGGGGAAUUCAUACGUCGACUUUCAACCCCGGAAGUUCUAUAGGGCGUUGCUGACGCAGAAGGACAGCCUCGAGGUACUCCAUAUGAACGACAAUGGCGAGGAGACCGGGGCCGGGACAGAUGAACUGAGCGACGACGAGGAGAAUGACGGGCCCGAGGCAUAUGAUCGUUGGUUUGGUUCGCUGGCGGAAUUCAGCCACCUACAGGAUCUUCACAUCCGCGUCCAGAACCUUCUCAACUACCAUGACCGCGAUAAAGACGAAUCCGUCGUGCUCAAGGACAUUCUGCCUGCCAGUUUGAGGUCGCUACAUGUAGCCGAAUGCUGGCCAAAACACUGCGCGUUGCUCGUGCCGAAUCUGCAAGGAGUCCUUGCUCAUCACAAGAAGAGGUUCACUAACCUAGAACGGAUCUGUAUCUCUUCUGGGGUAUCCGAAGAAAUACCUGAAGGGCAGAACAGGUUCAGCUAUCCACGUCAGGAACUGAUCCCAGAAUCACUCAAGAAGCCAUUCGUGCCUGUCAAGGAGAUGUGUGACCGAGCGGGUGUAAAAUUCGAAAUGACGCUGGGUUGGUCCUGUGUUAUCAUCGGUGACCCACCGCACCCUUUCUUUUCUAGCCACUGA